CUAUGAUGUUAUUAGUACGUGAUAUAAGAUUUAUUAUUUAACUUUUUCAAACAAUUUGAAUUAUUGAAACCAAAGUAUUUCUUCAAAUGGUAUCAGAAUUUGCAGUGAAUGUCUACAAAUUUCCUGUGGAGCUAAAAUCAAAGGCCAGCAUUAGUAGUAGUAGUAGCAUGAAGGAGACGAACCCUGAGAAAUGAGCUCCAACAUCGUCAGCCUUCCUCUUCCCCUCAUCGGCACGACCAAGAAAACGCCUUUGCCCCAAUUCCCUUCCGCCAUUUCUUCGUCCCACCCUUCCGCAGCAGCUCGUCCUCGCCACUCCCUCUCCCCAAGAGUUCACAUCCCGCCUCAUAUCUACAAGCACCCUGCCGCCGUCCUCUUGGAGCUCUGUACUUCCGCCCAAGAGCUCAACCAAAUCCUUCCUCUCGUCAUCAAGCACGGCCUCUGCGGCGAACACCUCUUUCAGACCAAGCUCGUCAGCCUCUUCUGCAGCUACGGCCGCUUGAAUGAGGCGGCUCGGGUGUUCGAGCGGAUUGAGCACAAAGUGGAUGCUUUUUACCACACUAUGCUCAAAGGUUAUGUCAAUCACUCUUCUCUGGAUGCUGCCUUUCCGUUUUUCUGUAGGAUGAGGCACGAUUGCGUUGCGCCCGUGGUGUACAAUUUCGCGUACUUGCUGAAACUCUGCGGGGAUAAUUCGGAUCUUAGGAGGGGGAAGGAGAUUCACGGGCAGUUGGUAGUUAGUGGGUUGUCGUGGAAUUUGUUUGCCAUGACUGGGGUUGUGAAUUUGUAUGGCAAGUGUAGGGAAAUUGAUGAUGCUUACAGGAUGUUUGAGAGAAUGCCAGAGAGGGACUUGGUGUCUUGGAAUACUAUUGUUUCUGGGUAUGCUCAGAAUGGGGUGGCAAGGGUUGCAUUAGAGUUGGUUUCGAAGAUGUUCGAGGAAGGGCAUAGGCCGGAUUCGAUUACCAUUGUUUCUACGUUGCCUGCGGCUGCUGAUGUUGGGUCGUUGCGAAUUGGGAAGGCGAUUCAUGGUUACUCCAUUCGGGCAGGAUUUGAAGGUCUUGUGAAUGUUUCUACAGCUCUUGUGGAUAUGUAUUCAAAAUGUAAGGAUGUGAGAACGGCAAGGAUGAUUUUUGAUGGGAUGAACCGUAGGUCUGUGGUUUCCUGGAACUCGAUGAUUGAUGGCUAUGUAGAAAGUGGGGAUCCUGAAGAAGCAUUGGUUAUAUUUCAGGGGAUGAUGGAUGAAGGUGUUCAACCAACUAAUGUCACUGUUAUGCAAGCUCUACAUGCCUGUGCUGAUUCGAGUAACCUGGAGCUAGGGAAAUUUUUACAUAGGUUGGUGGAUGCAUUGAAACUUGGUGCGGAUGUUUCCGUCAUGAACUCCUUGAUUUCCAUGUAUUCCAAGUGCAAGAGGGCCGACCUUGCUUCUGACCUGUUUGCGAAAUUGAAAAAUAAAACACUGGUGUCAUGGAAUGCAAUGAUACUAGGUUAUGCCCAGAAUGGAUGUGUCAACCAGGCUUUAAACUCUUUCUGCCAAAUGCAGUUGCAGAACAUAAAGCCAGAUUCUUUCACGAUGGUGAGUGUUAUUCCCGCCCUUGCAGAGCUGUCAAUUCCGCGACAAGCAAAGUGGAUACAUGGACUUGUCAUAAGACGGUUUCUGGACAAAAAUGUGUUUGUGAUAACAGCUCUAGUGGACAUGUAUGCAAAAUGUGGAGCUAUUCAUACCGCGAGAAGACUCUUUGACACGAUGAACGCAAGGCACGUGAUAACUUGGAAUUCCAUGAUAGAUGGGUAUGGGGUACAUGGACAUGGGCGUGCUGCUGUAGAAUUGUUCAUGGAUAUGCAGAAGGGAGAUAUCAAGCCAAAUCACAUAACGUUCCUAUGUGUUCUAUCAGCUUGCAGCCACUCAGGUCUGGUGGAUGAAGGUAUGCAGUUUUUCAAUAGCAUGAAGAAAGAUUAUAGUCUAGAGCCUGCAAUGGACCACUAUGGAGCUGCCGUUGAUCUUCUUGGUCGAGCUGGCCGGCUACAUGAUGCGUGGGACUUCAUCAAAAAGAUGCCUGUUGAACCAGAGAUUUCAGUUUAUGGAGCAAUGUUGGGAGCUUGCAAGAUUCACAAGAGCGUCGAUUAUGCUGAGAAAGCUGCCGAAAAACUGUUUGAAUUGAACCCAGAAGAAGGUGGCUACCAUGUGCUUCUAGCUAACAUUUACGCCUCUGCGUCAAUGUGGAAGAAACUAGCUGAAGUGAGAGGAAUGAUGCAGAAGAAAGGGCUGCAGAAAACUCCAGGGUGCAGUUUGGUGGAGCUGAGGAAUGAAAUACACAGUUUCUAUUCAGGGAGUACGGAGCAUCCACAGUCCAGAAAAAUCUAUGCUUUCCUUGAGAAACUGGUUGGCAAGAUCAAAGCUGCUGGUUACGUGCCCGAGAUCAAUUCAAUCCAUGACGUUGAAGAUCACGUGAAGGAGCAGUUACUGAACACUCACAGCGAGAAGUUGGCAAUUGCCUUUGGGCUCCUAAAUACAACCCAGGGCACAACGAUCCACAUCAGGAAGAACCUGAGAGUUUGUGGGGAUUGCCAUAGUGCGACAAAGUACAUUUCUCUGGUAACAGAAAGGGAGAUCAUAGUCCGCGACAUGCAUAGGUUUCACCAUUUCAAGAAUGGAUUAUGUUCCUGUGGUGAAUACUGGUGACCUCUUUAACCGACUGAUAGUGUGACGAAGUACAUUACUCUGGCAACAGGAAGGGAGAUCAUUAUUCGCGACAUGCAUAGGUUUCACCAUUUCAACAACAGAGUAUGAGAAAUUAGAAAUGUCUGAUGUUAUUUGAAACCCAACAUGAGUAGAUAAUGCAAUAUGAUACAUUAAUGGAUACAUUUGAGUACCUAUCAUCAUCACAAAACAAAAUUUUGAGGGAGAU